AUGCGUAGGUCAAUCGGCGCAUUAAAUGCGCAAGCACGUCUUGCAGGCCAUCAUUGCCCAGACUUGCGCGAGCCGUCGUUUCGUCUCGUCAAACGAAGCGACGGCCUCUGGGCUUUCGACAUGUCAUCGCGCCCCUUGGGCACGCUUGUCAGGCUGUUACGUCUCUCGAGAGAGCCACGCCCUUUCGUUUCGAAUUCUAGCGCCAAUAUAAAAGCCUGUCCUUCUUCAUCCCUUCCUUACGCUUUCAGAAAUUUCAAACGCCCAAAACUCUGCCAAACCUUUCUCUCAACUCUUCAAUCCUUUCGAACUUCACAUUUCAGCACUCCACCUCUUUUUGCCCAGUUAUCUUCCUUUGUUAGUAACCAACGACUUCAGUCGCUUCUCCUGUGUUUCUCUGAACUCUCGAACUCUUUGCCCCUUUUUCUGAGCGCUCGGCUCCCUGGUGUUCUUUGUGUUCAUCACCCUUCCUUCGAUUUUUUUUAA